AUGAGCGAAGAUACCAUAGAAAACCUACUUUUGUGGGCUCAACAAAAAGGAGUCAACCUUCCGGACACUAUUGAGUUUCUUCAAAGUGAAAGUGGGCAAAUUUGUUGUGUAGCUAAGUGCGAUGAACCUGAAUUCCGGCUUCAAAUACCUUCAACCUUGGUGAUCACAUCUGCGCUCAGCCAGGCUUAUUUUGGCGCCAAGGCUCGUUAUAACACGUAUUUGAAGCUUUUGUUUGCGAAGCUCAAGUUUGAUACUACACCAACACUUGUUGAUGGAGAGGAUUUGAAAACAAAGUUUGCACCGUACAUCAAGGCGCUCCCCAAUGUUCUUGACUCGCCGUUGACGUGGAAUCCUGCCGAGUUUAAUUUGUUGAACGGAACCAAUUUAUUCAAUUCAUUGCGUGAGAAGCUUGAGUUAAUUUUCAACGAGUGGCAAAGUCUACUUUCUGAGCUGAGUCAAGAUGACCGAUUCAAGUCGACUAUAAAGCCUGACACUUGCGACUUUUCCGCUCUUACUAUGGAAGACGUUUACCUCAACUACACGUCCGAGACGUCAAGUGGAAGUAAUUUCUGGUUCAGCUUUCAGGCUUAUUUGUGGUCGCACCUAAUCUUCCUCUCUCGUGCCUUUCCUGAGUAUAUCAUCAACAAGGAUGGACCAAGUUCGAGCAUAAUGCUUCUCCCUAUCAUAGAUUUACUAAACCACGAUUUCAAUUCUAAAAUCGAGUGGUCUCAAGGUGAUAAACAGGGCUCGUUCCGUUUGAGAAAGCUUGAAGGCGUUUCUGCGGGAAGCGAGAUUUUCAAUAACUACGGAGGUAAAGGUAACGAAGAGCUUCUAAUGGGCUAUGGAUUUGUGUUGGAAAACAAUGUCUUUGACACCGUUGCCCUUCGAAUCAAACUUUCGCCUACAAUAUUGGCCAGCAUUUUGAUGGAGAAUGAUGUCGCUUUACCGACCCUUUCCAACUAUACACACUUUGCGUUUGAAACAGAUCAAAGCAAGAGUUCCAACGAACAUAAUGACCAUACUGAUGGGGCGCUAUACUUGAUAAGUCUUGAGAAUGACACCUGCUUACAACAACUACUCGCGUUGUUUUGCAGACUGGAAGCUCAUGAAGGUGAAACACGUCAUCACCUUCGCCCCCGUCUCCAAGGUCUCCAAAAUCUAAGGGUCGCUCUCGCAGAGAAAUUAAAAUCAACCAAAAGCUCACCUCUUGUCGAGUUUCAAGGCACUUACGCUAUCAACGUGUACCGAAAGGCGUGUGCUGAGGCAUAUAAAGCGGGUCAAGUACAAAUACUGAAAAGCUCCAUUGAUGGGCUGAAACGUCAGGAGAAGCUUUUGCUUAAUUUGCACAAGAAGCAGCUUGUUACUACCAAAAAGUUAUCAAAGCUUGACCCGGCCUUCAUCGCACAAGGGCUUGCCGAACUUGGUGACAUAACUUUGAGCUCUGAGAAUGAUCUUUACGUUCUUUGGCUGCUCUUGAGAAAGAGUUGCCCCGUGGAAAGCGUAGCUGAAAGCCUAAGAUGGAUUUUAGAACUAUACGGGGAAUUCGACGGAGACUUGAUAAACUAUAAAGAUGAGGCCGAAAGUCUUCAAAAAGCUAUCUCUUCAAAUAUCGACUACAAUUUCAAUGCCAAUGAGUUAGCAAAGGCAAUGGCUUUCAUUGAAACUUAUUCUUAUUUUCGAGCCUCAAAAGAAGAAACAGUUCUUGUCAAACCUUUCAAAACAUAG